UCUAGAAUGCGAAAAUGCGAAUCCUAUUACAUCAGCUAAUAAAAUAGAGUUUAGUUCUUUAAAAAUAAAAAAUCCUCUUAAAAUAUGAAAAAAAAAAGGCUUUAAGAUUCGAGCUGAUGGACUGAUCGACGGUGUUGAUUCGCUACACGAAGUGCACGUUUACUGCAAAACCUCGGGAAAGCCCCUCCUCCUCCUCCACCGACCAUGCGCGGCGGCGGCGCCGCCCAUCGCCGCCGCCUCCGCCUCCGCCGUCGCCAUGAUCACCGUCUCCGGCGUCCUCCCCCUCCUCGACCUCUUCGUCUCGUCCUCCGACCUCCGCCGCGGCCGCGCCCUCCACGCCCUCCUCCUCAAAUCCGCCCUCACCCACCACACCCUCCUCUCCAACCGCCUCAUCUCCCUCUACUCCUCCGCCGCCGCGCCGGAGACCACCGCGGCGGAGGCGGCGUUCGGCGACCUCCCCUUCAAGAACGCCCACUCCUACAACACCCUCCUCGCCGCGCUCGCCCGAUCCCAGCGCACCCUCCCCCGCGCCCUCCGCCUGUUCGACGAAAUGCCCGCGCGAAACCUCGUCUCCUACAACACCCUCAUCUCCGCCCUCUCCCACCUCGGCCACCCCCGCCGCGCCCUGCGAAUCUUCGCCCAAUUGCUCAAAGAUCGCGCCUUGGGGCCCGCCGUCGCUGUCGACCGCUUCACCGUCGUCGGCGCCGCCGCCGCCUGCGCCAGUUUGGGCGCCCUGCAGCCCCUGCGCCAGCUCCACGGCGCCGCGGUGGUCUCCGGGUUGGAGAUGAACCUCAUCAUGUGCAACGCGGUGGUCGACUCUUACGGCAAGUGUAACAGCCCCGACGAUGCGCGCCGGGUGUUCGAUCAUAUGACUGUUAGGGAUUCCGUCUCGUGGACCUCUUUGAUCGCAGCGUACGCGUGGGCUCGGCUAUUGGAGGACGCCGUUCGGGUGUUCGACCGGAUUCCGGAGCGGGACGCGGUCUCGUGGACGGCACUCAUUUCCGGGCACGAGCAGAAUGGGGAGGAGGAAGCAGCAUUGGAGCUGUUCGAGAAGAUGUUGGGAGAAGGGGCCGAGCCGACCCCGUUCACGCUGGUGUCGGCUUUGGGAGCGUGCGCAAUGUCGGGGCUCAUCGCGCGAGGGAAGCAAAUGCAUGGUUUCGUGCUAAGAAGGUUCGUCAAUUCGGAGCAAUUCAACAUCUUCAUACACAAUGCUUUGAUUGACAUGUACGCGAAAUGUGGAAACAUGGCGUCCGCGGUGGGCCUGUUCGAUGAGAUGCCGGAGAAGGAUUUCGUGUCCUGGAACUCCAUGGUUACCGGGUUUGCUAACAACGGUUAUGGAACGCAAUCGCUAGCCAUGUUUGAAAGGAUGUUAGGAGCCGGCGUUGCACCGACCCACGUCACGUUUCUCGGCGUGCUCGCCGCGUGUAGCCACACCGGGUUGGUUUCCGAAGGGCGGCGAGCCCUGGAUUUAAUGGAGAAGUAUGGAUUACAGCCGAGGCCCGAGCACUUUGCGGCCUUCAUCGAUACUCUUGGCAGGAACUGCCAACUAGAAGAGGCCACGAAGUUCAUAGAAAGUUUGCCGUCGAGAAGCGGAUUGGGCACCGCCGGGACAUGGGGAGCAUUGCUGGGUGCGUGCCGGGUGCACGGGAAUGUGGAGCUUGCGGAGAGAGCUGCGGAUCAUCUCAUCCAGCUAGAGCCGGAGAACGGGGCGAGGUAUGUCAUGUUGUCCAACAUUUAUGCGGCGGCGGGUCAUUGGGACGAUGCGCGACGAAUUAGGGCACUCAUGAAGGGGAAGGGUUUGAAGAAGGACCAAGCUUGUAGCUGGAUUGAGGUGAGGAGUGUCAAGCAUGUGUUUGUGGCAAGUGAUAAGUCUCAUUGUGAAGGAGAGGAGAUAUAUGGUAUGAUUGAACUUCUUGUUGAUGAAAUGAAAGGAGUGAGAGAUUGUGUGCAAUAUGAGUUUGUUGCAUGUGAAAACUAAGGUGUUAACCUAUUUAACCAAUCACAGAACCGAAGAUCUUACGAUCAGCUACGAUACCAUGUUAUCCAAAUCAAUGGCCUGCUGAUGAAAUCUGGUUAUAAGAGGGUGACGAGUGCGACGGAUGUGGCAAACAGUUCUUGUGAGGAAUGUGUUAUCUCUUUUCUCUACAGUGUGUAUUCAAAUCCCUUGACCUGGGGAUCUUUCGCUUGGUUCUAGAGAAUCAGAUCAUCUCUGAUUCAUUUUAAACUCACAAGAAUACUGAGUCCCCUACGAAUUCAACUGCGAAAAGGAUGCGGAUAUGUAUAUAGAAAGCAUUUAUUAUGAGUUGCUUAUGUGGUCGAAGUUUACCGACAAGAACGGAACAUUCCAAGCAUGAGAUGUGUGGAAAAGAUGUAGCAUUCUAAUAUCAAAAUUUUGGAACUCAUUAUUUAUCUUCUACUAAUGAUGUUUCUUUUUUCGAUCA